AUCCGGGAAACGUCAUCAGCCCUUACCGGCACCUUGCACCGCUGACAGUACAUAUACCUCAGACUUUACCGCUCAGAUCAGAGUCGGGUAGCCUCAAACUUGUUAUGGCUGAACAGACUGUCGUGGAGAAAAUGAGCGAAUUACAAGUGGACGAAGACAAGAAGGGAGGAAGUGAAAGUGGUAAAGAUGCUGGAAAGAAGAAGGCUAAAAAUACUGCUGGGGACUCUGGAGGCAGGGCUGAGCUGUCACCACCCCCUCAGUACAUUGAGGAUCGUCUUACUUUGUACACAAAGCUAAAAGCAGAGCAUGAUGCUCUGAUGGCAGAAAGGGCUGCAAAGGAUAGCAAACCUAUCAAGGUGACCCUGCCUGAUGGAAAGGUUGUCGAGGCCGAGUCCUGGAAGACCACACCAUAUCAGUUGGCCUGUGGCAUUAGUCAAGGCCUUGCUGACAACACAGUGAUUGCCAAGGUGAACAACAGUGUGUGGGACCUGGACAGACCUUUAGAAGAUGACUGCAGCCUUGAGUUGCUCAAGUUUGAAGAUGAAGAAGCUCAAGCUGUUUACUGGCACUCCAGUGCUCACAUCAUGGGUGAAGCAAUGGAAAAGGUGUAUGGGGGUUGCCUCUGCUACGGCCCCCCCAUUGAGAGUGGCUUCUACUAUGACAUGUUCCUAGAAAACAAUGAAGGUGUAUCGAGCAAUGACUUCCCCUGUCUGGAGAAUUUAUGCAAGAAAAUCAUCAAGGAGAAGCAGCCGUUUGAGAGGCUGGAGAUAAAGAAGGAAACUCUCUUGGAUAUGUUCAAGUACAACAAGUUUAAGUGCCGCAUCCUGAAUGAGAAAGUCACCACUCCCACCACCACGGUCUACAGAUGUGGUCCCUUAAUUGACUUAUGCCGGGGACCCCAUGUGAGACACACUGGAAAAAUCAAGGCACUCAAGAUACACAAGAAUUCUUCUACGUACUGGGAGGGAAAGGCGGACAUGGAAACCCUCCAGAGGAUCUAUGGAAUCUCCUUUCCUGACCCCAAAAUGCUCAAAGACUGGGAGAAGUUUCAGGAGGAGGCCAAGAACAGAGAUCACCGUAAACUAGGCCGGGAGCAGGACCUGUUCUUCUUCCAUGAACUGAGCCCAGGGAGCUGCUUCUUCCUGCCUAAGGGAGCGUUCAUCUACAACAACCUGAUCGAGUUCAUGAGAAGUGAGUACAGGAAGAGGGGCUUCCAGGAGGUUGUGUCUCCAAAUGUCUUCAACAGCAAGCUCUGGCACACCUCUGGGCAUUGGCAGCACUACAGCGAGAACAUGUUCUCCUUCGAGGUUGAGAAGGAGAUCUUCGCUCUGAAGCCCAUGAACUGCCCUGGACACUGUCUGAUGUUUGAUCACCGGCCUCGCUCCUGGAGAGAGCUGCCUAUUCGCAUGGCCGACUUCGGCGUCCUGCACAGGAACGAGCUGUCAGGAGCGCUGACUGGCCUCACCCGUGUCCGCCGCUUCCAGCAGGAUGAUGCUCACAUCUUCUGCUCCAUGGACCAGAUUGAGGAGGAGAUCAAGGGAUGCCUGGACUUCCUUCGGACUGUUUAUAAUGUGUUUGGCUUCACUUUCAAACUCAACCUUUCCACGAGACCAGAGAAGUUCCUGGGAGAGCCAGAGGUCUGGAACCAAGCAGAAAAGCAACUGGAGAACAGCUUGAAUGAGUUUGGAGAGAAAUGGGUACUAAACCCAGGAGACGGAGCUUUCUACGGACCCAAGAUCGACAUUCAGAUCAAGGAUGCCAUUGGUCGAUACCAUCAGUGCGCCACAAUUCAGCUCGAUUUCCAGCUACCGAUCCGCUUUAAUCUCUCGUUUGUCAGCCAAGAUGGUGAUGACAAGAAGAGACCUGUAAUCAUCCACAGAGCCAUCCUGGGAUCAGUAGAGAGGAUGAUUGCUAUUCUCACUGAAAACUAUGGGGGCAAAUGGCCUCUGUGGCUCUCUCCGCGUCAAGUGAUGGUCGUACCUGUGGGACCAACCUGUGAGGAGUAUGCUGAGAAAGUCAAGCAGGAAUUCCACAACAGCGGCUUCAUGUCUGAUGUGGAUCUCGACCCCGGCUGCACCCUCAACAAAAAGAUCAGAAAUGCACAGUUGGCGCAGUACAACUUCAUCCUGGUGGUGGGAGAGAAGGAGAAGACGAGUAACACAGUGAAUGUACGCACCCGAGACAACAAAGUCCACGGCGAGCGCUCUGUGGAGGAGUGCAUCGAGCGUCUGAAACAGCUGAAGACGUCCAGGAGUCGGAACGCUGAAGAGGAAUUCUGAGAAAUCAAAAAAAGAAAACGGUUACUUGAGUAACAAAAGGUUGAAAUAUGUUUUUGAUGGGAUAGAACUGCCUUCAUGUUUUGUCUUUGCUCCUCUCAAAUCAUUUUUACAUUACAACAAUUGCAUUUUCUUGUAUCUUCCUUUUGCAUCACUGUUUUUUGGUUGUUUAAAUCACAUCAUUAGUGUGAUCGUAGAUGAAAUCCUGCUAGUAGGACUGUAACGUGCGGAUGUCUCUUAACAGCUUUUCAGAGCACUGCUGUAAAUGGACGAACUGCACCACAGCAGCUUUUCUAAAUGUAACAAACUCAGAAGACCGAAAAGGCUUGUACCUCAACUGUCAGUUUGUGUCACUCAUUAUUUCUUCAGGGAAUUGUACUUUAGUUACAAUUUUGAUAAUUAAACAAUCUAUUCUUGA